AUGCCUUACUCCUGCUGCCUGCCCAACAUGAGCUGCCGCACCAGCUGCUCCUCCCGGCCCUGCGUGCCCCCCAGCUGCCACAGCUGCACCCUUCCCGGGGCCUGCAACAUCCCCGCCAAUGUGGGCAGCUGCGGCUGGCUCUGCGAGGGCUCCUUCAACAGCAGCGAGAAGGAGACCAUGCAGUUCCUGAAUGACCGCCUGGCCAGCUACCUGGAGAAGGUGCGGGACCUGGAGCGGGAGAAUGCGGAGCUGGAGUGUCGCAUCCGUGAGUACUGCCAGCAGCAGGUGCCCUUCGCCUGCCCAGACUACCAGUCCUACUUCCGGACCAUCGAGGAGCUCCAGCAGAAGAUUCUUUGUGCCAAGUCUGAGAAUUCCAGGCUGGUGGUGCAGAUUGACAAUGCCAAGCUGGCCUCUGAUGACUUCAGAACAAAGUAUGAGACGGAGCUGUCCCUGAGGCAGCUGGUGGAGGCCGACAUCAACAGCCUCCGCAGGAUCCUGGACGAGCUGACCCUGUGCAAGUCCGACCUGGAGGCCCAGGUGGAGUCUCUGAAGGAUGAGCUGCUGUGCCUGAAGCAGAACCAUGAGCAGGAAGUCAACACUCUGCGCUGCCAGAUUGGCGAGCGCCUCAACGUGGAGGUGGAUGCUGCACCCACUGUGGACCUGAACCGUGUGCUGAACGAGACCAGGUGCCAGUAUGAGGCCGUGGUGGAGACCAACCGCAGGGACGUGGAGGAAUGGUACAACAAACAGUCUGAGGAGCUGAACAAGCAGGUGGUGUCCAGCUCAGAGCAGCUUCAGACCUGCCAAGCAGAGAUCAUUGAGCUGAGACGCACAGUCAAUGCCCUGGAGAUCGAGCUGCAGGCCCAGCACAACCUGAGAGACUCUCUGGAGAACACCCUGACCGAGACGGAGGCGCGCUACAGCUCCCAGCUGUCCCAGGUGCAGUGCAUGAUCAGCAACGUGGAGUCCCAGCUGGGUGAGAUCCGCUGUGACCUGGAGCGUCAGAACCAGGAGUACCAGGUGCUGCUGGACGUGAGGGCCCGGCUGGAGUGUGAGAUCAACACGUACCGGGGCCUGCUGGAGAGCGAGGACUGCAAGCUGCCCUGCAAUCCCUGUGCCACAACCAACGCCUGUGACAAGCCCAUUGGACCCUGUGUCACGAAUCCCUGUGCACGUUCCCGCUGUGGGCCCUGCAGCACCUUUGGGUGCUAA